AAGAUAAUGAUUGUAAUUAACCUUUCUUCUUUGGAUCCCUUUCUCUCGCCAAACACCAAAUAUAUCCUUGUUGGCGAAAAGGGAUUUGUCCUGUGUUGUUGAUACCUGAGGAAAGAAAGAUAAAAAUAGACGCAAAAAAAAAAGAAAAAAAAAAAGAGAGAAGAGAAGAUUAUAUAUUAUGGAUGAUUGCAGGCCUUUAGGUUUCUUGAUUGGAUUGCCCUUUGCUCUUAUUGCUUUGGUUUUGUCUCUCAUCGGAGCUGUUGUUUGGGUUAUCGGUUCUGUGCUGAGUUGCCUCUGCCCUUGUUGCAUUUGUUGUGCUGGACUCGCAAAUCUUGCAGUGAGCCUGGUGAAGUUGCCUGUGAAGGUCAUUCGAUGGUUUAUUGAUCUGAUUCCUUGUUGAUUGAUUUCAACAAUAGCCCAGCAAGCUCGGGAGAUUCAAUCACUUAAUUCUUUCUUUCGUUUUUGUUGUGUCCUGCCUGUGAGUGCAGGCCAGGAGUUUUAAUCGAAUAAUUGAUAGUAGUUCUGGUUAGGAGAGCUUGCAGUGAUUUUUUUUUUCUAUUUGUAUGAUUAAUGUGCAGAUAUUAGCUGUGUGCAGUUUGACGGUGUUGUCGGAAAAUCCUUGUGCUCGAAGUUAAUUUCCUGUUGAUUUUGUGCUAUAUUUGCAUUAAUUUUCUUCACCACAGAAAUCGUGUAAAGCUCAUCAUCUGGUAAAAUCUUAUAUUCCAUUCCCUUCCA